ACCCCUGUGAGGCAGGGCGGAUCCAUUUGUUUAAGGUUUAGUCUUGAGGAGUCCCAGCCCCCAUGACGUCAAGCCUGGCUCCAUAUAAGGUGAGGGGUCCCCAACCCACAGCCCCUAAGCAGCUGCCCAGCUCCACGACAUGAAGCUGGCCCACAGUAUCAGCUCCACGUUUGGCUUCCAGUGCUGCCUCCUUUUCCUUCUAGCUUCUUGGGAGGCCGGUCCUGUUUAUGGUUCUCCCUCUGUCCACAUUGUUCUGAAUUCAGGACAAAGACCUCAAGACCUUCCUAAAUCUACAGAAACUCAGAAGCUAAAACACCACUGCAACUCCACACAUCAUUCUAAGCCAAUUCACAAACCUACAGACAACUCCAAAAUUAUAGACCACAAAAUAUCUACAGUUCAUCAUGAAGCUCCUUCCACUUCUAAACAAAACUCCAGCAAUCAGGGAAAAGAACCAAUUAUCCUUAAUGAACGCUCUGUUAAUUCUGUUGACUCCACUACUACAAACAAAGAAUCCUCUGAUAAAAAGCAUCUAACCCCGGCUCCUAAGAGCAAAACAACUUGUCGUAGGUCCACAACAAGAGACUCAAAUAAAACUGUAAGACCUUUGGAAAAGACCACCAUUACUUUAGAUAAUAAAAGUAACACCUCACAUGAGACUACACUUCCUUUCCACACCUCAGACAAUUCAGGAAGUAACAAAACCCCAACAUCUUCCUCAGAAAAAAACACAACAGCCACAAAAACAACAUACAAGGCCAUAAGCACCCUGCAGAAGUCAGAAAAACCUGAAGAUUAUAGAACUACCGUUGCCUCAGACACACUCCAGAUAAAAACUACAAAAUACAUUAAAGAGACCAUGUCAGCUAGUGAGAAGACUACAAGAACUUCUGCAAAGCCUACAGAACAUGGAGAAAAGACCACAUUAAUCAAUAAGAAGACCACACCAUUCUCAGUAAAGCCAACACAACACAAGGAGAAGACCACAUCAUCCAGUGAGAAGACCAUGCCAUCCCCAGGAAAGCCUACACAACAAGAGGAAAAGACCACAUCAUCCAGUGAGAAGACCACACCAUCCCCAGGAAUAUCUACACAACAUGGAGAGAAGACCACAUUAGUCAAUAAGAAGACCACACCAUCCUCAGUAAAGCCCACAAAACAUGAGGAGAAGACCACAUCAUCCAAUGAGAAGACCAUGCCAUCCCCAGGAAAGCCUACACAACAUGAGGAGAAGACCACAUCAUCCAAUGAGAAGACCAUGCCAUCCCCAGGAAAGCCUACACAACAUGGAGAGAAGACCACAUCAGUCAAUAAGAAGACUAUGCCAUCCCCAGUAAAGACUACACAACACAAGGAGAAGACCACAUCAUCCAAUGAGAAGACCACACCAUCCCCAGGAAAGUCUACACAACAUGGAGAGAAGACCACAUCAGUCAAUAAGAAGACUACACCAUCCCCAGUAAAGACUACACAACAUGAGGAGAUCACAUCAGCCCAUGAAAAGUCCACACCACCCUCAGCAAACCCUACAGAACAUGGAAAAAAUGCCACAUCAUCCAAUGAGAAGUCCAUGCCAUCCCCAGGAAAGCCCACACAACAUGAGGUGAAAAGCACAUCAGCCCAUGAGAAGACCACACCACCCUCAGUAAACCCUACAGAACAUGAAAAAAAGACCACAUCAUCCAAUGAGAAGUCUACACCAUCCCCAGUGAAGCCUACACAACAUGAGGAGAAAACUACACUACCCUCAGCAAGCCCUACACAACAUGCCAAUGAGAAGACCAUACCACCCACAGGAAACCCCAUAGAACAUGGAGAAAAGACCACAUUAGCUAAUGAGAGGAUCACACCAUCCCCAGUAAAGCCCACACAACAUGAGGAGAAAACCACAUCAACCAAGGAGAAGACUACACCCUCAGAAAACCCUACAAAACAUGGAGAAAAGAGCACCUCAGCCAAUGAGAAGACCUCACCAUUCCCAGUGAAGCCCACACUACGUGUAGAUAGGACCAUAUCAGCCAAUAAGCAGACCAUAGCACACUCACCAAAGCCUACACAACAUGGAGAAAAGACCACAUCAGCCAAUGAGAAGAUCAUACAAUCCUCAGUAAAGCCUACACAACAUGCGGAGAAGACCAUAUCAGCCAAUGAAAAGACUACACUACCCCCAGAAAAUCCUACAGAGCAUGGAGAAAAGACCACCUUAGCCAAUGAGAAGACCACACCAUCCUCAGUAAAGCCCAUACAACAUGGAGAUAAGACCACAUCAGCCAAUGAGCAGACCACAGCACCCUCAACAAAGCCUACACAAGAGAAGACUACAUCAGUCAAUGAGAAGACCACAUUAGCCAAUAAGACCAUGUCACUCCCAGAAAAUCCUACAGAACAUGGAGAUAAGACCACUUCAGCCAAUGAGAAGACCACACCAUCCUCAGUAAAGCCCACACGACAUGGAGAUGAGACCACAUCAGCCAAUGAUCAGACCACACCACCCCCAGAAAAUCCUACAGAACAUGGAGAUAAGACCACAUCAGCCAAUGAGAAGACCACACCAUCUGCAGUAAAGCCUACACAACACAAAGAGAUCACAUCAGCAAAUGAGAAGACCACAUCAUCCUCAGCAAACCCUACACAACAUGGAGAUAAGUCCACAUCAGCCAAUGAGAAGACCACACCAUCCCCAGUAAAGCCUAUGGAACACCCAGAAAAGUCGACAUCAGCCAAUGGGAUAACCAUAAAAGCCUCAGCAAAGCCUACAGAACAGGAAGAAAAGACCACCAUAUCCGCCCAUGAGAAUAUGACACAAGUCCCAGAAAAGUCCACAGAACAAUCAGGAAAUACCCCAUUAACCACAGAGAAAGCCACAAAAGCCCCAGAAAAGCCUACAGUACACCUAAAGAAGACCACAUUAAUCCUAUGGAAAACCACACCAGAAAACCUAGAAAAGACCACCCUGGCUAGUGAGACCAUACAAACUUCAGUGAAGUCUACAGACAAUCAAGAAAAAACAGCAGCAAUCACAAAGACAAUAAGACUUCCAGCCAAGGUUACAGGAGACAAAUCCAUCUCUACUGCCUCCCCUUCUCUAAAUAAAACUAAGGUUACCCAUUUGGUGCCCAUUGGUUCUUUUACGAUCACUGCAUCUGGAAAGGAGCUGAGUUCUAUCGUUUCAGAAACCAUAGGAAACAAGAGUCAUCAAUACCAGAAUAAAGCUGGCUCACAGGCAGGUCUCCAUCCUGGACAAAUGGGGGAGAAUGAUUCAUUUCCUGCAUGGGCAAUAGUUAUUGUGAUUCUGGUGGCUGUGAUUCUCCUCCUGGUGUUCCUUGGCCUGAUCUUCUUGGUCUCUUACAUGAUGCGAACACGUCGUGCAGUAACCCAGAACACCCAGGACAAUGACCCAGAGGAUGAGGAGGGCCCCAAUUCCUACCCAGUCUACUUGAUGGAGCAACAGACUCUUGGCAUGGGCCAGAUUCCUUCCCCACGAUGAUCAUGGAGAAGGUGCCCAGCCCCAGCUCUUCCAUGCUCUGGCUCUCUUUUGUAUGAGGAAAUAGCAUCUCAAGUUCUUUUUCCUGGACUUUAUGAAGGGCACAGAAUACUGACAGCAGCAUUAACCUUCUCUCUGUUCUUAAUUAGAACUGGUUGAGGAAUGAGGUGAUAAGUAAGGAAUACCCAAGUUUAGGGGCUAGACGAGAAUGUAGUAGGAAUAAUCCAAGCAAAUGUUGUCUAAGAAGAAGGUGUUUGAUGGACAUAUGGGGUGAGGGCUUAUGCAGGACACUGAGUCCUGGGAGGGGCAUGGCUAAGGGAAGGAAAGAACCUUAGAAGGCAGGGUCCCAGACUAACUUGUGAGUGGGAGUUAUGGACAGUGGGGAGACUGAGGACAGAGCCUCUGGGUUUCAGGACCAAUCUGUAUUAUUUCCGUUUACUAUUACCUAAGAGUUUAUGUAUAAAUAGGCUUGUGUCUGAGUUCCCAGGACCCUUGCCCUUCUUAUUUUGUUUGUUUGUUUAAUGAAAAAAUAGGCUCUAGGAAGAAAAUUGAAUUUAUUUCCUUCUCUACCUUUUAUAUUUUCUGGAGAAAGGAACAUUCUAGAAAAAAAUUAUAGAUAGCUCUCAUCUACAUGGUGCCUCCCUCUUCUUCCUGAAUCCCUUAGUUUUUCUAAACAUCUUACCAUGGGCAUCCUGCUGGUUUGGCUGGCUGGGUUGUGGACAGGCACACAGGGAGGGGAGUUUUGUUUAACCUGCGGUCUCACCCACUGAUCCCAGCCCUUCCCUGAUGAUGUUUCCACUCAGCAUUUAUUUUCCUGUCUCUUUUAUUAAAAGCCAGGUUGGCUUCAUCUGCUAGAAGUCACUUGUCUCGUCUCCUGCCCACAUCCUCUCUCCUCACAACUUCAACCCAGAUUCCAGUUUUCUUCCUGGUGGGCCUUUCAUCUGUGUGUGCUUUCUGAUUUUCUCUUCCAUGUCUCAUGGACAGAGGAGAAAAGGAGUGUGGACAGAUGACAGGUAGUUUUCUUCUCUCUAUUGGUCUUUUUAUAAUAAAGUGUAACAUAUUUAUUUUUUUAUUGUUGGGGAUUCAUUGAGGGUACAAUAAACCAGGUUACACUGAUAAGUGUAACAUAUUUAUAAAGUAAGGACAUCAUAGUUAUCGAACUGUUGGGAAGAAGUCCUGACAAGUGUUUCUGGCUCUGGCCAUUACCUUAUAGAAGAUCCUGAGCAGGAGGGGCUACAGCACAGGACUGCAGUUCUUUGGAGGCUCCAGGAAGGGGACCCUAUUGCUCCUAAAAUGGCUUAUGUCUGGGUUUAGAUAAAAGCCAGCCUCAAUUCAUGCUGGAUUUAUUUUCAUGGUGAGAAAAUGAGGAGAAAAUC